CUCAACGUUCGCGGAAGGUUGUGUUGAGUUUCUGAGCGUCGAUCUCAUGCGGCCUCGUCGCGAAAAUCCAGUUCACACAUGUUUAUUUGGGUCCAGGAGAAUAUAUCUAAUAACAUAUUGAGUUAAUAACGCUCAUGGACAUGGAAGCGGUGAACGCCUUUAACGGGGAGAUGAUGUCCAUGAUGGACAUGACUCCCCCAAUCUCUCGAGCCAAAAUGAUGUCUGUAACCAAAGCAGGAAUCAAAGCUAUCAAGCUUUACAAGCACGUUGUUCAGAUCGUGGAGAAGUUCAUCAAGAGGUGUAAACCAGACCUAAAGGUUGCUGGUCUGUAUGUGGUCGACUCAAUUAUCCGACAGUCCCGCCAUCAGUUCAGCACAGACAAAGAUGUGUUCGGUCCGAGGUUUUUGAAAAACUUCACACUUACUUUUCAGAACCUUUUCCAGUGCCCCGCUGACGAUAAGGGGAAGAUAUUGCGUGUGUUGAAUCUGUGGCAGAAGAAUGACGUGUUCAGCAUGGACAUCAUUCAGCCGCUGUUAGACAUGGCCACAGACUCUGUACUACCCGUUGUGGAGAAUGGAAUCCCAGCUGCCGCGCCUCCAGCCAUGCCAAUGGCAGUGCCAGAGCCAGAGCCGGCGCCGGCACCAGCUGUUGCAGCGGCCCCGCCCACCCUUCAGAACCCAGUGGCCCUUGCUGCAGUCGCCCAGCUCCUCCAGGGCACAGGGGGCGUCGAGCAGCUGCUCCAAACUCUCCAGCAGGCCGGAGGGGCGGGGCUUCCUCAGUCCACUGCCCCGCCCCCUGAGCAGAAAACAUCAUUAGCUAAGUCUCUGCUGGAUCGAUUUGAUUAUGAUGAUGACCCCGAACCUGUGGAGGAAAAGACUGAACCAGCUCCUGCUGCUCCCAUUACCAUAAACCUUCCCCCAGAAUUACAGCAAGCCCUGCAAGCUCAUCUUCUAAGCCAAAUUGUUAGCCAGACGCAGAUGCAGGGUCAGAUGGUGUCGCAGAGUCAAGUGGCAUCCCAGGGUCAGGUGGCACCUCAUGAGUUCCCAGUGAUAGUUCAGACCCAGAUACCAGAUAACACUCCUCAAGUCUUUGAUGAGAGCGUCAUACAACCCAGUACAACCCAGCAGCUACAGCAGGCUUCAGCUGAGACCGAACGCUCAGUGCAUGAUGGAAGAGAUCGUAGACCCAGCAGACGGACGAGAUCAAGGUCUCCACGGAGACGAUCGUCAUCACGCUCACGAAGAUCACGGUCCGGUUCACGUUCCCGCCGAGAACGGUCGAGGUAUCACCGUACACGCUCCCGAUCCAGAGAGCGUCGAGGCCGUUCCCCACAGGCGCGAUCUGAGGAGAGGAGAGACAGGGAGAAAGAGCGAGAGCGGCGACAGAAAGGACUUCCGCCUGUCAAGAAGGAAACUCUCAGUGUGUGUAGUACUACACUAUGGAUCGGACAGCUGGACAAAAAGACUCAGCAGCAGGACAUCAUGAGUCUGAUGGAGGAGUUUGGACAGAUCGAGUCCAUCAAUGAUGCAGCUGCCUAUGUAGUUUACGCUGAAACACUCAAACCAGAGUGGAAAAGUUUUGUGGCCAAUCCGGCUGUGCCAGUAACGGAAGGACCUGAAGGAAAACAGGAAGACGGAGCUGCACUACCAGCGGUAUCACAGAGCCCUUCAGUUCAACCUGUUGCUACACUGAAUGUCCCAGGACCCCCUCCUAACAUGAGUUUACCACCUCCAGCCAUGAUCACAGGAGCCUCCCCUCCGUCAUUCCCUCCUCCUGGAUUUAACCCCCCACAGAUGCCUGCAGGAUUCCCUCCUGCCGCCCCGGUGGCCUCUAUGAACCCCGCAGGUCCUCCUCCAUCCGUCACAGAAACCCCAACCGAAGAACCUUCAAAUGAAUCCCUCGAGGCUCCCAAGAUUCACAUGGACCCGACAGGAGCUCAAGCACUCAGUCCGCCUAUUCUCAGGGGGUUUCUGGGGCCCAGACCGGGACCCCUACCGCCACACCCCCCUGUGGGGCUCCGCCCACCCUUCAUGCCCCCUUUCGCUAAUAACGGGCCCCGUCCCAUCCUGCCCCCUCCCAAUAUGGCCCCUCAAAUGAUGCCCCCUAGGGGCCCCAACCCCAUGUGCGGAGAACCCCCUGCAGGGCGAUUCCGCAUGCGCAUGAUGGGUCCUCCAAGACACGAUUUCCCCCGUCACAGGCUCCCAAUGGGUCCUAGAGGAGAGGAACCGCACUGGCGGGAUCAAGGACCCGAAAGGGGCCCGGACAGAUUUGGAAACGAGCCACCGUUUCAUCGGGGUGGAUGGGGAAGGGGGGGCCCUCGUGGACGAAGUCGCUUUGGGAACUGAGUUGCGUGGGGGUUUUUUAGGCACCACUGGCUUCAGCUGUGACUGGACUGCGGAAAACGUGACUCUGCGUCCCUGUGAAACGGGAAUACGGAGAACAUAUUCCAUGUAUUAUAUACAGAGUCCACAUGAAAUGAACAGACACUGUUUCUAAAGUUCACAUCUCUGAGUAUGAGUGAUAGUGCUCAUCUUUCUACAUGUCGUCAUGUUCGCUUAAAUAGGCGAGACAGAACCAGGGAUCAUAUAUUAUGAAAUUCCCAUCUCGCUCCAUGCGAAAUCUUGCGAGGUCUGUCAUUUUCGGACGUUACACUCACUACCAUAGACUGAUAUUAGAGGUCUAGUGUAACUUGUUAAAUGUAAAUAGUACAGUUUGCACAUUUCUCAAUUGUUCUAUGAAGAACCAUCUGUGGAAAAUGUUCAGCCCAUCUUCCGUUGUGUAUAUUUGGAGGCAGUAUUUACUUUAAAGCUUCUUUAGGCUUUCAGUGAGGAGGAAGAACAAAACUUUAGUCAGCAGUGGAGCAUCAUCUUUGGCCGGUUCAUUUUACGAAGCUAUUUUUUACCAAUCAAUCUUGUUUUCUUUUUCUGUCUUAAUGGUUUAUAUUAACAUGCUAAAACGAACACGAGUAAAUGUUGUGGCUACUUAAACUGACUUGUUAGUUUUCUUUUGCAAGGAGUUGAAGUGUAGAGGAUGCAGUUUUGCAGUUGUCUCAGUAGAGGGCGCCAUUUGUCA